AUGGCCGGCAGAGGACGAGAGCUCACGAUGCCUGCGUGGAUGAAACAGCAGCAGCAGCAGCAAAUUAACACAGCUGCUCUCGGCUCCUCCUUCGCUCCUCCUCCUCCUCCUCAUGGCGGCGCGUACCCUCCGCUUCCCUACCAUCAACAAUACGAGCAGAUGAUACCUCCCUCAGCGCCGUCGCAGUUUACUGACGCGCCGAAGGGACUCGCGGACGGCUCUAGUCUCAAGCACGUGGACGACGACCGACGCCACAGUUCGCGCCGUAGCAGUCGCCACAGUCGCUCGCGCUCGUCGCGCCGUCGAGACCGCAGCCGUAGCAAGGAACGGCGGUCGUCCCGUCAUCGGUCGUCCCGCGACCGUCGCAGUCGAAGUCGCAGUCGUGAGCGAUCCGAGCGACGCUCGUCGAGACGUAGUCGCUCGCGGUCGUCGUCGCACGUCGUGCGUCGCCGCAAGAAAUCCAAUUUUGACGUACGACCGCCAGGAGUGACGGAAGAGAAUGCCGCAGCGUUCGCAGCGCAGGCCAUUUUGCAGCAAAACAUGGCAGCGCUGUCUGGCUCGGUCGAUUCGGCGUCGUUUGGCGUCCCGCCGCAGACUGUCAUGAUGCCCAUUCGAAAUGUCCCGCCGGUGCAACCAGUGUACGCCCAUGUGCACCAAACAAAUGCUGCAUACGGGAUCUCAGGCCAUUCUCAGCUGACACGACAUGCGCGCCGUCUGUACGUUGGUGGUAUUGGCGAAAUCUCAGAGCCAGAGAUUACCGUGUUCUUCAACGAUGUCGUUGACCGCGCACUGGGCGAAAAGCAGGAAGGCGGCUCUGUUGUGUCUGUCUACAUUAACCGCGAGCGCCACUUCGCUUUUGUGGAGUUACGCACGAUCGAGCUUACGACGGCCUGCAUGAACCUCGACGGCGUGUCGUACAAUGGUCAACCGCUGAAGAUCCGUCGGCCGAACGAUUACAACCCUGCUACUGUUCCCAAAGACCUAGGGCCAAUUCCACAGCUAAAUCUAGCUGCUCUUGGUAUUGUGUCGACCACAGUUAGCGAUGGUCCGGGUAAGAUUUUCAUCGGCGGUCUGCCGUACCAUCUGAACGAGGAACAGGUGAAGGAGUUGCUGCAAGCGUUUGGCCCACUGCGGUCGUUCCAUCUUGUCAAAGAGCUCAGUUCCAACCUGUCGAAAGGCUACGGGUUCUGUGAGUACAUGGACAUCAAUGUGACCGAUGCAGCAUGCAUUGGGCUGAACGAUAUGCGGCUUGGUGACAAGACGCUUACAGUACGUCGAGCCAUGUCCCAAGAGAAUGCGAAGGCUGUCGCCAGUGCUGCAGGGACAGUCAAUACGGGCUUGGAAAUGGGCCUUGAUCCAUCGCGCGCUGCGAUGCAGGCAAUCACUCUGGCAGGUAUACCGAGUGUACCGCUGGGUAUCCCCUCUCGUGUUAUCGUACUGCUGAACAUGGUGACACCGGAAGAGCUUGAAGAUGAGGAAGAGUACACUGACAUUUUAGAUGACAUCAAGGGCGAGUGCGAGCAAUUCGGUGCCGUGCCGUCGCUGUUGCUGCCACGCCCGCGUGAUGGGAUCCCCAGUGCCGUGGGUAAGGUCUUUGUUGAGUUCGGUGAUGUGCAGGCAGCCCAGAAUGCAGCGACCGAGCUGCACGGUCGUGGAUUUUCAAACCGAACAGUGGCGGUAGAGUUUAUGGAUGAAGGAAAGUAUGCGCGCCGGGAGCUUGCGUAG